AUGGUGCUGCCCUGGGCCCUCGCUGUCCUGAGCCUCCUUCCUCUGCUGGACGCCCAGAGUCUGGAGUGCACCAACUUGACGGCGGUGGCGCCCAUCACCAAUGCCACCCUGGACAGGCUCUCUGGCAAGUGGUUUUACAUCGGCUCGGCCUUCCGAAACCCCGAGUACAAUGAGACGGCUAGAUCGAUCCAGGCGGCUUUCUUUUACUUUGAGCCCAAGCACGCGGAGGACAAGAUAAUUCUCAGAGAGUAUCAGACCAUUGGGAACCAGUGCAUCUACAACUUCAGCUCCGUGACGCUCUAUCGCAAGAAUGGGACCAUGUCUAAAUAUGGAACUGUUGUACCGCCCCCGUGGUCUCAUCAGAGGCUCUCUCCUCCAGAGUCGGGUAGAGAACACUUUGCUGACCUGCUGCUCACCAAGCACCCCAAGACCUUCAUACUUUCUGCCUCCUGGAAUGGCAAGAAGAACGUGGGGAUGUCCUUCUAUGCCGACAAGCCAGAGGUGAGCCAGGAGCAGAAGAAAGAGUUCCUUGAUGCCAUCAAGUGCAUAGGCAUUCACGAGUCAGAAAUCACGUACAGCGAUGAGAAAAAGGAUCUGUGUGGGCCACUGCAUAUGCAGCAUGAGGAGGAAAGGAAGAAGGAAAAGGAAGGGUCCUAG